AUGAUAGGCAGCAGCACAUAUAAAGGUCAAGAAGGAGGAAGGGAUCGGCUCCAGGUCUUGCAUGCAUCAUUGCCCUCUCCUACCCCAUGCAGCAGCAAUAGUAGUACACCUGCUGCUGCUGCUGCUGCAGCAACAGCAGCAGCAGCAGCAGCAACAGCAGCAGCGGGAGAGAGUAGCAGCUCGGACAGCUCCCCUAGCAGCAGCAACAGCAGCAAAUCAGAUGAGGCACUUGUGUGUCUCUCUCCCUUACCCCAGGCACGUAUUAGCAGCAGCAGCAGCCGCAGCAGCAGCAGUAUCGGCAGCAGCAGCAGCAGCAGCAAAUACCUGUCUCCCCAAAGAUACCUUGGCAGGUUCUUCCCCAGCAGCAGCAGCAGCAGCAGCAGCAGCAGCAAAUUGCUGGGGGGCAAUCAGCGUCCCCUUGAUGUAGUAGUGCAGCAAUGUAUUUAUUCCUUAGAAGACAGACCAACCAGCUUGCUGCUGCCCCCUAAGCAGCAGCAGCAGCAGCAGCAGCAACAGCAGCAGCAGCAGACUGCUCAAUCUAGAUAUCGUGUAUCUCCCUCUGCAUGCACAACAGCAGCAGCAGCAGCAGCAGCAGGAAGAAGAGGAAGAGGAAUAUGUGCCUUCAGCUGGUCCCGUUUGUUGCCGUUUUCUCGCCAGCAGCAGCAGCAGCAGCAGGAGAAGGAGCUGCAGCAGCAACAGCAGCAGCAGGAGGAAGAAGAAGAGGAGGAGGAGGAAGAAGAAGAAGGAGACAGCCGUGUCUCCUUUCAGCAACAGCAACAGCAGCAGAUCCAGCAACAGAUCCAGCAGCUACUGCAACAGCAGCAGCAGCAGCAGCAAAUGCAGCAGCAAAUGCAGCAGCAAAUGCAGCAGCAGAAGGUUUAG